AUGUUUAGCAAUAAAAUGGACGGGCACAUUAAGGACAUAUGUUGCAAAGGCCCAGUUAACAGAAACCAGUCUUUGGACGUCAGUAAAAUCGAAGUCGACUUUUACGACUUUGAAAGGGGCAUAAGCAAAGCUUUUCCGAUAGACAAGGCUGCUAAAGGAAUCCUCUCUAUUGACAAACUUGACAAAAACAAGAUGUUCUACAUGUUCGUCAGUGGAUUUGCAACGAACAUCAACUGUACAACCGUAGACUUAGUUAGAAGAACCUUUAAAAAUGUCCCCAACAGUUAUCUAAUUCUCAUCGACCAUUCAGCCUACACCAACGAUACUACUGGCCGAAAAAUUAGUUACGAAAGAUCCGUCCAACACGUCCAUUCCAUCGGAGUCAAAGUGGCCCAAAUGUUGGUUGAACUCAAUCAAGCAGGAAUUAAUGCUUCACAUAUCCACGCCAUUGGCCAUAGCUUGGGUGGCCAAAUAUUGGGCCAUAUUGGUGCAAAUUUCAACAAAGCUACUGGUUAUAAUAUUAGUAGGAUAACAGCAUUGGACCCUGCUGGCCCUUGUUUCACCAACAGUUUGAAGGAGGAACAGGUGAGGGCAGGUGUAGCGGACUAUGUUGAAGUAUAUCAUUGUGAUGAUGGUGGGUUGGGGACAUCCAGUGUUUUGGGUGACAUAGACUUCUACAUGAAUGAAGGUAGAAAGCAGCCAAACUGUACGUUUCCUAGGAUAAGUCGAUGCAGUCAUCAUGCCUGUGUAACAAUGUGGAUGGCGUCAGUUGCCCAUCGCUUCCCGGCUAUACAGUGUAACGAUUAUAAACUGUUUAAAGAAAACAAGUGCUCAAACAACAAAACAACUACUGCGGGCUUCUGGAAUCCUGGUACUGCGAAAGGAGUUUAUUACUUCUCGACUGAAGGAUACGAAUUUUAGAUAUAAAAUUACGAGUAA